AUGUUUCUUCGCGUACAGUGCGACAAUCAGUUUCUGACCACAGGGCCCAAACUGAAGAACCUGGGACCGAUGGCACCUCACAGCAAAACUUGGUUUGGGUUGAGGAAAGGCAACCCUUCAAAGUCAACCUCUGCUCUGGUCCCGCCUACGGCCAAGUCUUCAACAAGUGGCCUAUCCGGACCAGCAGGCGAGGAAAGUGCACAUGUCGACCGAUUCCUAACGACUGUCUCGAAGGUGGAUGCUACUCCGUUAGUUCGAGAUGGUCGGCUUCACAAGCAGGUGGAGACCCGCUCAGAUCGGGUCACCAAACUUUGGGCUGAAAUCGGAACCCUGGGCCGGAAGCUGAACGACGAGAUGCAGGAGAUAGAGCGGAGCAUUGAGGAGCUGGCGCGCGCGCGCGCGCAGCUGGGCGAGGUGCAAUCGGAGGCCACCAGUCUGCGGACGGAGCUCGCUGCUGCGAGGCGGAACGGGGAGAGGACGGAGAAAGAGCUGGCGCGCGCGCGCGCGCGCUUGACCGAGCUAAAAGCGGAGAGAGGCGGCCUUCGAGCGCAGGUUGAGACGCUCGAGUCGAAGCUCGCCGCCGAGGAGAAGGAGAAGCUCGAGGCGGCUUCCAAAGUAGCAGAACUUGAGAGCGCGCUGGAGAUCGCGCGCGACGCGACCGCGGCGCUCAAGGGCGCGGCAGAGGCAAGCGCGCGGCGCGCGCGCGAAGGCGACAGGCUGCACUACGUGCUCGCGUGCAACGGCCAGACAGGGUCCAUCGCGCGGAGCAUCCUGGCCUCCGAACCCGAGUCGCUUCUGUACAAGACGUUCUGCGGGGAAUGGGACUACGCGCGCGACGACUCGGGGCGCGCAAUUGUCACGUGCCAUCCUGACCGUUGGGCCGCUGUUCUGGAGCAUCUGACGACGGGAGCUGUUCCGAAGCAGCGCGACUCGCAGUUGCUGGAGCAGGCGCGGUUCUGGAAUCUGCAAAGGCUGACGUCAGCGCUCGAGGCACUCACGCCAGGGGUGGUGGUCUCAAACGCAGACUCGCAAGGGUUCACGGUCCGGGGCACCUUUGUGUCCGUCAUGAAUUUCUCGAAGCAGAACCUUCCCUUCGUGACGCCCCAGAGUCACGUGAUGAAGCUGCACAUCAACGAGUCCGGUAUUUGGGUGUACUUCCAACCAGAUUCGGAUGAUAUACCCGCGGAUGCGCAGCUGUCGUACAGGUGUCGUGUGCUCGUGCGUGACAACAGCAUCGUAAAAGACUGGUCGACGGCCACGUGCGAGAAGUUUAAGAAAUAUGAGAGCUGGGAACGUCCGCCUGCGGAAGGGAGCGAGAAAGGCUGGGGCCAUACGUGGAGAGACUGGGGUCAUACCCUUCAUCAGAUGGCUAGCGAGCCUUUGGCCUUAGCACACGACAGCCUCGUCGUGGAAUUUGAGGUUCGGUAUCUGGACGAGUAG